AUGGCACCUCAUGGCAAAGAACUCUCUGAGGAUCUGAAAAAAAGAAUUGUUGCUCUACAUAAAGAUGGCCUAGGGUAUAAGAAGAUUGCCAAGAACCUGAAACUGAGCUGCAGCAUGGUGGCCAGGACCAUACAGCAGUUUAACUGGACAGGUUCCACUCAGAACAGGCCUCACCAUGGUCAACCAAAUAAGUUGAGUGCACGUGCUCAGUGUCAUAUCCAAAAGUUGUCUUUGGGAAAUAGACGUAUGAAUGCUGCCAGCAUUGCUGUAGAGGUUGAAGGGUUGGGGGGCCAGCCUGUCAGUGCUCAGAACAUACACUGUACACUGCAUCAGAUUGGUCUGCAUGGCUGUCAUCACAGAAGGAAGCCUCUUCUAAAGAUGAUGCACAAGAAAGCCAUUUGCUGAAGACAAGCAGACUAAGGAUAUGGUUUACUGGAAACCUACAGUCAAGCAUGGUGGUGGGAGUGUCAUGGUCUGGGGCUGCAUGA